UCUGGAAAUGAGAUCGACAGGGAGACGCUCUGCCCAGACGCCUCAGAGUACAACCAGGGCUGCGUCCUCUCCCUGGAUGUGUUCGUUCUACCCCAGCAGUACUUCCAGCUGGAGGUCAAGAUCUUAGUCGAGGAUGUUAACGAUAACCGGCCGCGCUUCCCGACGGGCGAGAUUAGGGUUUCCGUCCCGGAGAACACCCAGGUAACGGCGAUCAACGCGAGGUUCGCGGUGGAGCAGUCGGCGACGGACCCUGAUCUGGGGUUUCACGGGGUCCAGACUUACUGGCUGGUCAACGACUUCGGGGUGUUCACUCUGGACGUAGAGGAGAACGAGGGGGGUGAGCUGACACCCUUCCUCAUYGUGACCGACGAGCUGGACCGGGAACGACAGGACGAGUACGUAACGGAUAUUAUAGCAGAGGACGGCGGGUUACCACCUCUUCUUGGCACCGCCACGUUACGGAUUAUAAUCACUGACGUCAACGAUAACUGUCCUCAGUUCACAGAGUCACAGGUCAACGUGACGCUCUACGGGAAUACGACUAAAGGAGAGCACCUGUCCAGGUUACACGCCUUCGACCCCGACCAGGGCGCCAACGCCGUAAUCAGCUAYGCGUACAGCGACCGCGUUCCCCGGGAGGCUAGAGCUCURUUCCAUCUGGACCGGAUUACCGGGGUGAUCAAACUGGCCGGUCARAUMAACACMGCAACCGGGAAGUUCUACAAACUCACUGUCCUCGCCAACGGGCCUGGGUGCGUCCCUGCCGUCGCCAUGGUGACGGUGCACGUGAUCCGGGUAGCUUCCGGUCCGCCGGUUAUUAYGCCGCGCUACAUCGCGGCGGAGAAAGACGRWGUGGUCACGAUGAAGGAGUCCGAACCGCCGUUUUCACCAAUCGCGUUUUUCACCGUGAAGAACACGGACCARAGAGGACAGGGGACGGAAUGCCUGCUUGAAGGAUCUGGCCCGUUCCGACUGUCACCUUACAAACUGUUUAAGAACGAGUAUCUGUUAGAGACGACGGAGCCGCUGGACUACGAGCAGAGGCAGGACUACGAGCUGACUGUAGUGUUCAGGAACCCCAGAGGUCUCGUCAUCAAGACCUUCAUUAAGAUCCUGGUUCUGGAUGAGAACGACAACGCGCCGGUCUUCAAACAGUCUCUUAUGAGGUGUCUGUGGAGGAGAAUAACCCUCCCAACAGCUUCCUGACCCAGCUCCAGGCCACAGACCGGACAGUGAGGCCAGAGGAGAGGUCAUCUACCUGCUGAGGUCAGACGCUCCCUCCGGUUUCCUCCUGGACAGGCUGACCGGUGUGCUGACCGUGUCCACCUCUC